CGGGACCGAUGUUCGUAGGGGUUUUCGGAGUUCGAACAACCUGGUUUGCCCGCGGUGUCCGCCACAGCGCGCGCGAGUGUAGGACAUCCAACUGCCCGGCCAACCUUACACCAUUAUGUUGGACAAGCUGGCGGAACACCCGAAUGUCGCGCUCUUUUUACUCGCGCUCGGUGUGCUCUCAUGCGCGAAGUUCGCGUUGAAGGCGGCUGGGGUGCUCCUGCAGACGUUCGUGCUUCCUGGGACUAGCCUGAACAAGUAUGGUGCUGGCAAGGGUGCUUGGGCAGUUGUGACCGGAGCCUCUGAGGGUAUCGGCAGGGAGUUUGCGCUGCAGCUCGCCAAGAAGGGCUUCAACGUCCUCGUCUCCGCGAGGAACGCAGCGGCCUUGGAUGCACUUGUAGCGGAGAUCGAGUCGAGCGCCCCAGCUGGCAAGAAGGUACAGGCGAAGGCGAUCGUCAUGGACUUCUCAAAGCUGGAGGACGAGGCGAAGUGGAAGGCGUUCGCCACGGAGCUGCAGGGCAUCGACGUCGGCGUCCUCGUCAACAAUGUAGGCAAGUCGCACACCGCCCCCGUCUACUUCGCCGAGGCCGCCGACCAAGAAGUCGAAGACAUCCUCCGGAUCAACGUCAACGCCAACGUCCGCGUCACCAAGCUCGUCCUCCCGCGGAUGGUCGAACGCCGCCGCGGCCUGAUCCUGAACAUGGGCUCCUUCUCGGGCACGGGCAUCCCCUCGCCCAUGCUCGCGACAUACGCAGGCACGAAGGCCUUCCUCUCCGCGUUCACGGCGUCACUCGCGGCGGAGGUCAAGGGCAAGGGCGUCGACGUGCAGUGCUUAAACACCUACUUCGUCGUAUCGAACAUGUCGAAGAUCCGCCGCGCAAACGUCACCACGCCGACGCCGAAGAACUACGUCCGCUCGGUCCUGAACAAGGUCGGUCUGUCCUGCGGUGCGCUCUGGACGGGCCGCCCCAACGUCUGCACGCCCUUCUGGAGCCACGCGAUCAUCGACUACGCCAUGAACCUUCUCGGCUGGAAGAUGCUCUUCGUCCGGUACACGCACAACCUUCACGUCGGCAUCCGCAAGCGCUACUUGAGAAAGCUCGAGCGCGAAGCCAAAAAGCAGUGAGCUCGAGUCCGCCGUUCGCGGACAUGAGCCCUUUGGGUUCAUCGGAGAUGAUAUGGUAUUUGUGGGGUGCCGUAAUCGUACUGAAAUCUCAGACCUUUAUAAGAGGAGGGCAUCCACGGUCAACAAGAGUACUU